UUUCGCACACACGGUUUCUUAAACCUCUAUUGAUGCCUAUUGGUCUCAAACAAAGAUUAGUAUAUGUUCUAUCAGAAGAUAUAAUUUUGAACUAUAAUCUUGAAGGUACACAUGGUAAAAAGCGCAUGUUAUUGUAUCCAAAGCUAAUGAGUGUGCUAUACAGUGCAACCGACCGUCCCGGCUGGUCUUAUAAAUUAUUCUUAGAUGAUUUGCGCAGAGGUUUUCAAUUUGGCAAGAAGAAACAUUUUAGACAAAAAUGUAGAUUAAAUAAAUUAGCCGCCCCUAAAACUUCAAGAAAUCCGUUGUCAAGCCCGGAGGAGGAUAAUGAUGAUGAUGAUGAUCCCGACUAUAAAUGAGUGUUUGUCUUA